CGUUUCCCGUCGAGCUGCUCACCCGUCGCGUCCAUGGCGGGAGCCUGCGCGGUCGCCGUGCCCGUGGCCACUCCAGCCGCGCCGCCCCGAGGCGUCGCCGGUUCCGGCUCCAGCUUGGCGCCGCGAGGAGGCAGCAGCAUCUCCCGCCGCGUGAACUGCCGGCGUGAUAGCCCCCGCGUGCCCGUGCCCACGAGGAGCCGCGUCGUCACCCGUCUCGCCGGGCGCGACCCCGGGGAGGCCGGGACCGACGCGGGGGUGGGGCAAAUUCUCAAGGGUGAUUCUGGCUAUCUAUGGACAUUGGUGCUUGGAUCCCUUGGUGGCGCUGCGGUCAUAAAGUACGGAAGCAUCCUGCUACCGGACAUCACAAGGCCGAACAUCGUGGUAGCUCUGCUGAUGGUGUCCCUGCCGGUGGUAGCUGCAGUCUUGCUUUUGCUCAAAGCGAGCUCGGCGGACUGAUACGAUACGAGGACUCCUCGAAACCGAGAAUUCGAGACUACUGAAACUUCUUUCCAAUAUAAUAAUAGUUCGGCCCCAUCUUGUAAGAUGGAAAAGUUUGCAACUCUGUUAAAUGAAAAAAAAAUUGAGGCCUCCCUCAAUGCAAGUUUCGCA